AAAUAAAAUCACAAUGGAAGAUCAUAAUGAAUUCUCCAUCUCUAGUUCUACUACAACUUCAUCAUUUACAAGUUGUUGUUCUAAUAACAAUUGUUUAAGUUCUACUUCAACUUCUUCUACUUCAUCUAAUUGUUUCCAUGAGAGCAUUGCAAAAACCUCAUCAAAUGAUCAUUCCAAGAAAAGUUCAAAAAAAAUUCAAGAUGGGAAUAAAACGAAAAUCAGACGAAAAAAUGAAGGUGGUGUUGAUGAAAAGCAUCCGACUUAUAGAGGAGUUCGUAAGAGGAAUUGGGGAAAAUGGGUGUCUGAAAUUAGACAACCAAGAAAAAAAUCAAGAAUUUGGCUAGGGACUUAUCCCACUGCUGAAAUGGCAGCUCGAGCUCAUGAUGUUGCGGCUUUAGCCAUCAAGGGGGAUUCGGCUUACCUUAAUUUCCCUCAUUUAGCCGAUCAACUCCCUCGACCCGCUUCCACUUCCCCUAAAGACAUCCAAGCCGCAGCCGCCAAAGCUGCAGCCGCCAGCACAUUUCUAGAGGAGAAUAGCCAAUUAACCGACCUGCAUAGCUCGCAUUCCUCGACUAAUUUAGCCUCGCAAGAAUUACUGAAUUCUCCAUCAAUGGAUCACGAUGACCCGUUUUUCGAUCUACCGGAUCUUACCAUCAAUAGAGUGGACCAAAAUGACCGGUACCAAUACCCGAUUUCGACGUGGCAGCUGGCUGGAGCCGAUAGCGGGAUGUUUCGGCUUGAUGAGCCGUUUUUGUGGGAGUGCAAUUAGAAGAAAAUUACAAGUGUACAUGUUUCUUUUUCUUUUCUUCUUUUACACUGACAAAAAAAGUCAUAAAACAUCCAUCGUCUGUGUAAUUUCUCAACGUAUCAUAAUUGCAAAGCUCAGAAUGUUCAUAUCA